GGCUAAUCGGUGCACGUGAUUUCAACUACAACUUGGGCGUCCCUUCCAAAGUCUAGAGUCUGACGCCAGCGGCGAUCUCGAUCAACCAACCUUGAACUUUUGGCAACGGGUCUCGUAACAUCACAAGGUCGCCCCGCCCAUAGCAAGGCAAAUCGCCUGGAACUUCACCCACUUCACCUCACAUACAAAAGGACCGGCUCAACUCCCUCGCCCUCGCCUCCUAUUGAGCUCUAGUACCAGCAUCGGACCGCUUCGACUCACUAGCUCACUAGACAUCUGUCGUGAUGCAAUCCAAUAAUUUGGCACGUACCGUGUCACGAUCGUUCGUUCGUCGCUCUACUGCCUCCCGAGCACACUCGACAUCAUCGGCUCGUACCAUCGCUUCUUCCUCUGGUCUCCUCGUACCCGGAACGAGACGCCAACAAAACGUGCUUCGAACGGGAUCGCUACAAUGUCGAACCUUUUUCAACAUCUUCCGAUCGUCGGAUCGACCCCCUCCUCCACCUCCACCUCCUCAGCCUCUGUUUUCUCAGGAUGACCUCUUUCACGUCCUCGAUCAGAGUCCGGUAAUCCAGCUCCAACGACGGGCCAAGACGAUCAAAUCCCUCGCUCCCUGUCCUACCUGUCUCGAACACGCCCACGCCCACAGUCCGAACCAAGCUGAAGGACAGGCAGAAACCUCAACGACCGGGUCCUCUACUACUACUACCGAGUCUCCGACGCCCAGGAUCAACAAGGUCGACUAUUCUUGUUCUGAAUGCGGUUUCCCGACUCAUUGUUCGGAGGGUCAUUACCUCGAGGGCAGGGAGGCGCACGACGAAUAUUGUUCGAGGUUGAGGGAGAUCAACGAGGAUGAGCACGAUUUGCGUAGCGGGAGACUCAUCAGCGAGUUUGAACUUCCAGGCGAACAAGACUACGAAACAUCCCCAGCCCUGUCAAACUGGGACACCCUUCUCUACACGCGAAACUUCUCAUCGACCAACUCUGAACGGGCCAAGAGGCAUGUUAGCAAACUCUUGACGUAUCCGAUGACCAUGGCCAGCGUCAUGCAUCGAUUGGGGCCGUAUGCGGGAUCUCGAGGUGGGCUUGAUGGAAGGUUGACUGCCGAGGGUAGCCGAAGCAUGGCAGCUCUGCAUACAUCUUUGCACCCCCCUAUGGGCUCGAACCCUACCGCCAACGGUAGAAACACACAAACGCCGAUCAGAAUCUUUGUCCUCGGCGCCCGAGCGGAAUCAGCCCUGCCACCUCACGUAUACGAACAGGUCUGCCAUCUGUUCCCCUACACCCAGUUCCACUUCUACUUCGUCGGACCUCAAGCCGCCUUGCCGACCCGACCUCUGCCUCCUCGAGAUGGCACGACGGCAUCAGAUGCCAAGGCCGCUGCAACUAGCGAUAGCGAGGGCAAGAGAGUGUACGACGAAAAGACUCCCAGCCAAAACUCGGAAUCCGAAGGUCGAGGUCGAUCAGAGUCGGUCGGAUACGGUGUGCCAGCAUACACCGUGCCCGUAUCUUCCACGUUGACCUUGACGACGCUGCAAUCGUCUUACGAAUCGGUCCACGAGCAGUUCGGUCCUUUCGACCCUUACACCGACGUCUUUUUCGCCUUCUGCCCUGGGUUCGGGUUCCCCUCGCCUACGGCGGGGCGGGAUGCAGUGAACCCGGACGGUAGCCAGGUCGUCCAGGCUCAAGUGGAAUGGAAAGAGACCCUUCAACAAGUGUUGACAACCAAGUGUCCCCUGUUCGUCACCGGAUUCUCGCCGAGAGACGUCGAGCGGGACGUCAACAGUCUCGACUCCGUCGACGGCGUCAAGGGGGAAUACGACAUCUUGUUACGUCCGGGUGAGAAUCCGUUCGGCAGUCUCAAAUGGGAGGCGGGCGACUUUGAUCCCCGCGUCAUGGUCAGAGUGAACUGGGGAGUCUGGGCCAUGCGUGGAAAGAGUUACGACGUAGAUCAAAGCAAGAUCGAGUAGAUUGAUAGAUACUCGACAAUCAGACAUGUAUAACGUAGCCACACCUCCA